AAACGGCGGUCUGAUGUGUGACCUUGCAGUGUUUGUAAACAGACACACGUUGCCGUCGCGAAGUGUUACGGACGAUCGCCAUCGCGAAGAACGAGCCAUUCCGAAGGCGCCUAUUCGUUUCCGUGGAUCGACGAGUGUCGUUCGCAACGCCAUGGAAGUGGAGCCAAUGUGCAUCGUGGAGAAUGAGACGGAGGGAUCUCGCGGUGAUCGGAAAGAGGGGGGCAAGAGGGGACGCAAGCCUGGCAGGAAGGCGGCGGACAGGGCGGACAUGAAAGCUAAGCUCGAACGAAGUCGGCAGAGUGCGAGGGAGUGCCGUGCUCGCAAGAAGCUGAGGUAUCAGUACCUGGAGGAGCUUGUGGCCGAUCGAGAAAAGGCGGUGCUUGCUCUGCGGAAAGAGCUCGAGAUGUAUCGUCAGUGGACUCAGGAAUUGGACGCCGGACAAGUCCCCGAAGGACUUCAGGCGAUGCUGGAGGAAUUCGGCUUGCUAAAACAGGAACAGUCCAGCAGCAACUAAACGGCCAAGGAGACGAGGAAUAAGGAAGUCACGUGGAUUGAGCCGUUCCAUUUAUCUUGUUCCUUCGAUCGAAACUCCCCUUCGUAGUCGAGCUUUCUUUCCGUCUUCUCUUAUCUCCUUUCUUUUUUACUAUUCUUCGAGGCAAUAGGAAAUAAUUGGCUGGCGAAUCUGAAAUUUUCUCUUUUACUUUGAGUACUUCUAUACCGUGAUUGAUCCAUUGAAUGAACCGCGAAAAGUGGAUCUUCCGGCCUUUUUAAAAAAUACGUUUUUUUAUGCGAAAUAGUGAAAUUUCUCCCUCCUGUUUUUCCUCCUAAUUUUUUCGCCGAACGGCGGAAUUGUUAGCCCUGAUUAUCUCGUUACCUCAUCGUGUUACCUUUUUUUAUACGUACAUUUGUUAUCGCGACUCGUUACGUUGACACAUAUUUUUUAUUCUCGUUGAUUAAGGACAUCGGUCGGUUGUCUACGGCCUCAUGUUUAGAAUGUACCUCCUUCGCAAGAUCGUUGCGGUGUAAGAAAGUAAUUAUAUACAAUAUAUUACUGUUAACACCUCGAAGGAGAAUAAACGCGGUCGUUGUAUAUCAAAGUAUAUCUAUA